AUGAAGGCCUCUCUGCUCUUUGGUGCCGCCGCCGCCUUUGCUGGCCGUGCAGCUGCCUUCUACGGUCAGAUGGCUGCUGGUGACUACAUUUACCUCGACGGAGGUAGUGAGCAAUACGUCUAUCUCACUGAUUACAACACCGGGUCUACCUACUCAGGCUGGUUCUCACCUGGCUUCAACGGUUGUGUCGACAUUGAGUGCGGAAUCGAAUUUUAUGAGACUAGCGCUGGAAGCUACAAUUUCGGCGCUAAGGUGUGGCGCACUGAUGAUGGAUGCCACAAUAUCGACUUCGAGGGUGCGCUCGAUGCGGGCCACGGGUACUGCUGUGGCUCGCUGCCUUGUGACUUUACUGCCUAG